AGAGCCGAAGAUGUCGGCUCGGUCAUGUGAUCAGCUGUGUCCAAUCACAGCUGAUCACAUCAGCGCCACAUGUCAGUGUCCAUCAGUACCAGCUCUCAGUGCUCAUCCAUGCCACCUGCCAGUGCCCAUCAGUGCCACAUUUCAGUGCCCAUCAGUGCCACAUCAAUGCCACAUAUCAGCGCCCAUCUGAGCUGCCUUUCAGUGUCACCCAUCAGUGCCAGUCAGUGCUACCUAUCAAUGCCAGUCAGUGCUGCCUAUCAGUGCCGCCUAUCAGUGUGUAUCAAUGCCACCUAUCAGUGCCCGUCGGUGCUGCCUAUCAGUGCCGCCUAACAGUGACAGUCAGUGCCACCUAACAGUGCCAGUCAGUACCGCCUAUCAGUGACAGUCAGUGCUGCC